AUGUCGGGGCGAUCGAGCCGGAUCGCGGUGGUGGCGGAGGACCGGUGCCGGCCAAGCAAGUGCGGCCAGCAGUGCCGCAAGCGCUGCCCUGUCAACGCCACCGGGCGCCACUGCAUAGAAGUUACUCCAUCAUCUAAAGUGUCUAUAAUUUCAGAGGAUAUGUGCAUUGGAUGUGGUAUUUGUGUGAAGGCAUGCCCGUUUAAUGCUAUCCAAAUUAUUAACUUGCCAAGAAAUCUUGACAAGGAGACGACACAUCGCUAUGGACCAAAUUCCUUCAAGCUUCACAGGCUUCCUGUUCCAAGACCUGGGCAAGUUUUGGGCUUGGUGGGGACAAAUGGUAUCGGGAAAUCAACUGCACUUCAAAUAUUGGCUGGGAUUUUAAAACCCAACUUGGGUAAAUUCACAGACACCCCAAGCGUGGAUGAAAUUUUGAAGUAUUUCCGUGGAUCUGAACUCCAGAAAUACUUCACUCGUCUAAUGGGAGACAAAAUGAAGGCAACUAUGAAACCUCAGUAUAUCGACAAUAUUCGAAAAUCUUUUAAAGGGAAGGUUGGGUACUAUCUUAAUAAGGGAAACAAGAGACAAGUGAAGGACACGCUAUGUGAUAUUCUUGAAUUGAAUCAAAUUCUGGACCGAGAUGUCUCAGAUCUAUCUGGCGGUGAGCUUCAGAGAUUUGCAAUUGCUGUUUGUGCUAUGAAGGAAGCAGAUGUUUAUAUAUUUGAUGAGCCAUCAUGCUAUCUUGAUGUGAAACAAAGGCUGAAAGCUGCACAAGUGAUCCGUUCCUUGGUACAAUCCAAAAACUAUGUAAUUGUCGUGGAGCAUGACCUUAGUAUUCUCGACUACUUGUCAGACUACAUAUGCUGCAUUUAUGGAACUCCAGGAGCAUAUGGUGUUGUUACUUUGCCCUCUUCAGUCAGAGAAGGAAUUAACAUCUUUCUAAAUGGCGUCAUCCCAACAGAAAAUUUGCGUUUCCGUGAGGAGAAACUUACGUUUAGAGUUACUGAGUCUACCGAGGAGAUCAUAGAGGGUCAGACUUACCAAUGCUAUAAGUAUCCUACCAUGGUGAAAACAAUUCGUGGCUUCAAGCUCUCAGUCACGGAAGGCAGCUUUAAUGAUUCCCAGAUAAUUGUCAUGCUUGGUGAGAAUGGUACCGGAAAGACAACAUUUAUUCGUAUGCUGGCAGGGGAGGUGAAACCAGACAAAGUUAGUGAUGAGCAAGUUGAUAUGUCUGCAUAUACUGUCUCAUACAAGCGUCAGGAAUUGGUCUCUAAAUAUAGCUCUACAGUUAGGGACCUUCUAGACGAGAAAAUAUCUGGAUCAUGCACACAAGCUCAGUUCAAAUCUGAUGUCAUGAAACCACUGAAAGUUGAGGAACUCAUGGACAGGCUGGUUGCAAAUCUUUCUGGUGGUGAGCUGCAGAGGGUCGAACUCUGUAUUUGUCUUGGAAAGCCUGCUGAUAUUUACCUCAUAGAUGAACCAAGCGCUCAUCUUGAUUCAGAACAGCGCCUUAUAGCAGCAAAGGUGAUAAAAAGGUUUAUCCUUCACCAAAAGAGAACAGCUUUCAUCGUCGAGCAUGAUUUCAUCAUGGCAGCCUACCUUGCUGACAAGGUUCUCGUAUUUGAGGGAAAACCUUCUUUUGACUGUACUGCAAGUGCACCAGAAUCCCUGGCUUCUGGAAUGAACCGUUUUCUGUCACAUCUGGAUGUCACAUUUAGGACGGAUCCGACAACCUACAGGCCGCGGAUUAACAAGCUGGGUUCUAUGAAGGACACUGAGCAGAAAGCUGCGGGAUGCUACUACUACCUUGAGUAUUAAUAAAGCUUUCGCCAAGGACACCUCUACUUGUGCAAAAGCCCUUCCACAACAGGACAGCUCAACUGCUUGGGCGCGCUACCCAGCAUAUCUGCC